AUGCAGAAAGCAGGAACUGAGUCUGGUCGAGAAGGAGCUGGCCAAGCCCAGGCGUGGUCCGCCAUGGAUCCGACUCAAAACAGUUCAGACUAUGCGGGCUUUUCGGAAGGGCUUGGUUGCGGUAAAAUUCGAGAAGGUGGAUUGGGUAGCAUCAUGCGCGAUCCAGACAUGGAUCCAAGCCUACAACCAGAGAAAGCACAAGUAAGCAGAAUGAUCUUCAAAAACAACAGCUGGAAAACCGUCGAUAAGGUAAAUGUUUGCGCUUUUGUAAAGAGGUGGCAAGUCUCAGCUCCAGAUUCCAGCCAUUAA